AUGCGGGGUCUUUCGCUGGCCUGGCGUGGCUUCUUGACGGUGCAUUUUUGGUUCGUUACGGAUGCAGCUCGCCUCGGCGAGGUCCGGGCUGGCGAGGCCCGGGACAACUUCAACGCGGUGCAGGAGCUCCACAGGUACCGCGCGUUCAACGAAAGCGGCAUCCGCUUGCUCAUGGAAGGCGAAGACUUGCCUCUCGUGGAGCCGUCCAGUUUGACAGAAGCUCCUCACAAUCACAAAGACGUGCAGCUUCCGCGUGAAUGGCGCUCGAAGUUGCAAAUCGUGAAAUGGCUAGGUGCCGGCACCUUUGGAAAGGUGUUUAAGUGCAAAGUUCUUUGUGAGGAGGGAAGGGAUGUUUACGUGUCCGUGAAGUACAUCGAGGAGAAGAGCAAGCUCGUCAGAACGGAGAUCGGCGUCCUCGACGAGAUGAAGGGUUACUCAGACUUCUGCAUUUCAGCGGUCGGAUCGGUUUCGCACAUCGAGGAUCGCAACGGUUUCUGGAUCAUGAUGCCGUACAUGAACCAUGGGGACUUUCAUGACUUCAUCAAGCAGUGCCAGAAGAACCCACAGUGCAUGAAUUCGGGAAGCAAGGAGGGCAGAAGAGACUUCACAAAAGUCGACCCUGCCUACACGGACGCCUAUAUCCUGGUCCUUUUCCAUGACAUCGUCGCCGGCACCGAGGCUCUGAUCAAAAAGACCGGGAGGAUCCACACUGACCUGAAGCCGGCAAAUGUCAUGGUGAAUUGCCAAAAUCACAUGUGCUUUGCGGCUGUUAUCGACCUGGGGCUUGCAUGCACGAUGAAGCCAAAUGGCUGCCACCUUGGAGGCACACCAGUUUACAUGCCACCAGAAACCUUCAUGCAACGAGUUGAAGCAUUGCACCUUCCCCCUCGAGAUGUUUGGGCUUUGGGUGUCAUCCUGUACCAGCUGGUCUAUAACAGAAAUCCUCCUUUCUUCUCCAACCCACAGAGCAUGGUUUACCGCUAUGAUGUUACGAAGGACCCUACGAUCGCAGGAACGAGGAAGGUGGAUUUUCUCAUCAUGCAGAUGUUGGCCAACGACUACAAAAAGCGCCCGGCCCUGGCAACCAUUCGCAAGGAACUGGAGUUCUUGAUCGAAGAAGCAGCUGCUCCUCCCAUCACAGGGCCGACCUUUAAGAUCGGAGACGCCGUUGAGUACUUCAGUUCUUCUUACCUUCAGUGGCUCCCUGCAACGAUCACUGCCGUCAAAGACAGCAGCCACUAUGACUUGAAUAUCAAACCGGAUGCUCCUGUGGAACGUCUCCGGCCCGGACAGCUCCAUGCCGAUGCCUUAGCGGAGUUGAGGGUGCUUCGCGAUGUCGGCGAAACUGACGAGGCACACAGCAUCCCAUACGAGAAAGGCGAUAGGGUCGAAUGGUGGAGCAAGAAGUACCAGACGUGGCUUCCCACCAAAAUCAUGUUUGCUAGGCCUGACGGGACUUAUUUGACGGACGUCGCACGUAUUGCUACGAAAGAAGAACUGCGCUGGCCAGUGGAGACGACGACUACUGUCAGCACCACUAUGACUAUGACCGAGACGGUCCCCAUCGAGGUGAAGAUGCUCCGCUCGAAUGCCGUCCAACGCGGUGCAGCCUUGAAGAUGCCGUCUUGUCUCUGA